AUGGACGCAGAGGACAGUGACGCCGACUUCGACGACGCACAUGUGCGCGCCCUGUGUUUCGACGUGGUCAACACCCGCUUCCACGACGUGCAGCUGGAGGCCGACAAGAUUGUAGGCUCGUCGGUCAAAUCGGCACUGCAGGAGGAAACGGCAUCCAUCACGGCUGCGUUCCAGGCGAAAUUCGACAGGUGCAUGGCGGCGUGCAAGAAAGACAUGGACGAGUUCCCGAAGAGAAUGGACCAACAGAUCAUGGCCGUUUUGCAGCGCUGCGACGAGAUCCGCGGAGAGAUCAUGCAGGUGGACGCGAAGGUCACAGAGCACGAUCGUUUGCUGGGUGAGAUGCAAAACCAGAUCAAGGAGCUCCAGGUUCAAACGCAGGCGGGUGGCACGACGCGUCUGCACAUCUCGGGCGACAAGAAUCCGAAGCAGAUCGAGGCGGAGAUCACGGGUAGGAAGCUGCGUGCCAAGCUGCAGGAGGCCUACGGCAGUGAGCAGAAGAUCUUCUUCGACAGAGACCGUGGGUGGCUCUCGCUCGGCUGGGAUGCCCCGUGCAAGAUCGAGGUUUUCCCUGGGCGCGGGGAGACAAAGAUCCUUCGGAACCCAGGCCCCAUCGCGAAGUACGGCAAGUCGAAGGACUUGCUGGUUGAGGCUGUGGGCGGG